GGGUCGAUGACGCACAGAGGAGACUUUUCUCGCCGCUCCUCUGGACUUUAACAGCAGUCGCAGCUCCUGUCCUCCUCCGUCCGUCUCUCCGGUUCUCCUCCGCGCCUGGUCCUCCUCAGCAGGAGCUGAAGUCUAAUCCAAAAUGUAUCUUGCAAAUAAACUCAUUGGUGGGAUCGUGAAAACCAUCAGCAACAUCGACCCGUCUCAGUUCAGGCCGUCAGACCCGCCUCCCCCUCGCAGACCCCAGCACCUCGCCCAGAGCAACGAGAACGAGGAGGAGAAGCAGUUUCGGAGGGUCUUCCAGCAGCUCGCCGGAGAUGACAUGGAGGUGAGCCCCAACGAGCUGAUGGACAUCUUGAACAAAGUCAUUUCCAAACGCAAAGACCUGAAGACUGACGGAUUCAGCAUCGAGUCCUGCAAAAGCAUGGUGGCUGUCAUGGACAGCGACAGCACAGGAAGACUGGGCUUCCAUGAGUUUAAACACCUCUGGAACAACAUCAAGAAGUGGCAGGGUAUCUAUUUAUCCUACGACUCUGACCAUUCCGGCAUGAUCGGCUCGGAUGAGCUCCCACGCGCCUUCGAGGCUGCAGGCUUUCCUCUGAACGAGCAGCUCUACAAGGUCAUCAUCCGUCGCUAUAGUGAUGAGAACGGAAACAUGGACUUUGACAAUUUCAUUGGCUGCCUGGUUCGACUCGAUGCCAUGUGCCGAGCGUUUAAGACUCUGGACAAGGACAACAGCGGCGCCAUCGACCUGGACAUCAAAGAGUGGCUUCAGCUGACCAUGUACUCCUGAAGAGGGCGCUCCGUCUUCCUCCGUCAUCCCACCUUUUUUUCCUGAUCCGUAUCCAUGGAAACUGGACCAACGUGGCCACAAAAGCUAAUAUAAAGAAGACUUCUGAAGUGGGACCAAACUGGAGACGCUGCUGCUGCGCUGACGACCUCCUGCUGCUGGGGGGCGCUACAGCCUCUCUGCUGCACUCGUGUUUUCAUGUCUGAAGUAAACUUUUGCAAGAAUAAAGAAUCUGGGAUAAAAGCGA